AUUAACGUGGUAAUUGAGAUGAUGCCUGAAGAGGAGGAGCAUCUAAGAAUGUCUUCAGGGGAACUUGUUGAGAAAACUCAUCCAUAUAACACCGUUUCUGAGAAGAAUGGUGAUUCAAAACGACCAGGAGAAGCUAGUAAUGAUGACAAUGACUGCAAAAAGAGUAAGAAAAAGAAGAAGUGGAAGUCUAAGAUGAAAGAAGUUGUUCGAAAACUCAAAUAUCGAGUAGCGGUUCUCGAGAAUGAACGUGGAAGCCUAAAAUCAAUGCUGUCGACUAUAUUGAAACACCUUGAAGUUCAAAAAAAGGGUGAAGAAGGAGACUGCACGGGAGUUGAAGGUCAUGAUGCCCAGACCGAAGAUGUUGACACACCCGGUACACCUUCUUGGUUGAGGAUGCCCAAGGAGGAUGACACAAGUGAUGGGGUGAAACACGUUGAACUUCAAAAGCAGGGUGUCGAAGCAAACCGCACGGAGGAUGACACGAUGGACGAGUUGGAUAAGAAGGUUCAUAUUGAUUUGGAGGAGCCAAUAGACGUCGUUGACGAUUUGAACGAGGAAAUUGGAGUAAAAAGUCUUACUUAUUUUGAUUCAGACGUCAUGGAAAUAGAACCAUUAUCCACUAAACGACCACAUGUUCGGCCCGCACGUAGCAAGCGUGCAAGUGUAUACUUGUCAACCCCCUUCACAGCUUUAGAUAAACGGACUACAAAAUCAACCACCACCACCUCUCAGUCUCAACCAUCCGUCUAUGAUCCUAUGCACAAAAUACCUGACGCCCAUUUAGAUCGACUCAGAGCUUGGAUCACAGACAAGCGUACGAAAGAUGAGGUGCGUGAAACUUUUCACGGGAAAAAUUCGAAGGAGUUUUUCAGAGACUUGUUCAUGUGUCGUCGGUGGUUGGCGGAUGAGCAUUUGGAUGCACUCUUUCUUCUCAUUCGCUUCAACAUUAAGACAGCCAUGAUACCUUCUGCUCAAAACUUCACAACUGUAGACACACUAUUCAUGCGACUAUUAGUUGCGAAGUGGCCUGAAUACCAAGAAUGUAUUAAAGAGAAUCGACCAUUUCACUGGAAGGAGGAGUAUCGGUUGGUUGACUAUGUUGUCGGAUCAAAACAAGACUGUCAAGAUCCUUGGGUGAAUGUUGAUUACAUUUACUCUCCAUUCAAUAUCCAUGGCAAUCAUUGGAUUCUAUUAUGCUUGGACUUGGUACGCUGUCAAGUUAAGGUAUGGGAUUCGCUUCCGUCGCUUACGAGUGCCGAAGAUAUGAGAAGCAUAUUAGUGCCAAUUCAAGAGAUGGUGCCAAAUUUGCUCGAUACUACUGGAUUCUUUGUUAGGAGAGGCGGAUCAUCAACACACAAGGAACCUUGGCCACUUGUCAUUGUCGACUCCAUUCCACUUCAACGCAACAAUAGUGAUUGUGGUGUAUUUACAAUUAAGUAUUUCGAAUAUGAAGUUUCUGGUUUAGAUGUAGCUACAUUAUGUCAAGAAAACAUGUCAUAUUUUAGAAAACAAUUGGCAUUUCAAUUAUGGACCAACAAUCUCAUGUAUUGA